UUACAUUUUGUUCACGAGUAGCUCUUGUUCGGCUGUUCUACACCCCACGUCCUCUCGGGAUUCAGCCCAGCACAGUCCACCUCCAUUGUCCAUAGCCUGCCAUACCUUCGGCUUCACCCAACAGUGAUUUCCUUACACCCUAAUUCGCGAUCAUUCUCAGUUCGCCGUGCUCCAUAACCCUGAUUUGGAAAUCCGUCCCAUCUUUGAUUUCUCUCCGUUCCGAUUCUUCUCACAAUCCAUGGAAUCUGCGCUGGAAAUCAUCGAGAUAAGCUCCAAUGAGAAUGAAGAUAUCAGGUUAAAGAUUCCGGAGGAAUCCACUGUACAUCACUGCGGGGAAAGAAGGGGAAAAGACGGUGGUUGUAAUGACCUGAUGAUGCCCGAAGCUUCACUUGAUGUGUCGGAUGACGAGGACUGCGUGAUUCUCGAUGGGGCUCCUAAAAGUGUGGCAGCAGAUUCAGAGUUUGUGGAGCUCGGGGGUGAGAUGUUGGAUGAGAUGCUUAUUGUUGGUGAGAAGGGCCAGUUUGCCUGCAGGGAUUAUCCACAUCCUCGGUAUGCCUGCGCUACAUUCUUGUUCACCAUGACUCCACACGAAAAGCAUUGUGAUAUGUGCCACUGCUAUGUUUGUGACUGCCCGGCACCUUGCACCUACUGGGCAAGCCAUUGCAGUUCAACUCACAAAGAACAUUCUUGGAGAAUCGAACGGCUGUUAUUCAGGAAAAGAAAGAGAGAACAACAGAAUGUUCUAAGGCUUAUUCGACAACAGGAUGAACAAAUGGACCGUUUGGAGAAAAAGAUGGAAGAAAUGAUGGCCGCCAUAACGAGGCUACAGAGCCAGCCCCAAUCACCCAAAGUGUUGCCCCCAAAGGUUCGCCAGCCGGAAGCAGUCCAAAUUGCUGACAGUAAGAAGGAAUUCACUUUUGUUAAUAGAGAUGAUCGGCUGAAGAAAGAUUCAGUUCAAGCUUCAGAAAAUGACAUCAAGCAAAUUGUUGAACAACAGGUGAGAGAAGCCAUGUCUCAGUCAAAAGGAGGGGCAUCAAUUUUGAAGGGUAGACCUUACCCGGAAGAAUUUGAUGCCGUCCAAUACCCCAAGGGUUUCGUACUACCAUCGUUCAAGACAUUUGAUGGAACGGGAAACCCCCGACAGCAUGUUGCACAUUUUCGAGCAAGUUGCUGCAACGCGGGCGGUAGUGAUGCAUUGUUGUGUCGUCAAUUUGUGAUCAGUCUUUUGGGUGUUGCUUUUGACUGGUACGCAGAAUUACCCAAUAACUCAGUGAAAACAUUUGCAGAAUUGGAAAAUCUAUUUGUUAAGCGGUUCGCUGGACCUCAACACCAUAUCACCGUCGUUGAUCUUGUUGCGGAACGACAGAAGCCAACCGAAACUUUGGUGGAAUACAUCCUACGUUGGAGAAACUUGAGCAUGAAAUGUGUGCCGCAGCUUCAGGAGCAGGACGCAAUCAAAAUUCUUCUAAAAAGUAUUCAUGGACCGGUAGCCUUUCUACUCAAAGGGUUCACGAUUAAGACUUUUGAAAAGCUACUUAAGAAAGCCGGGAGUCUUCAAAACGAGGCUAUACAAUUUGAUUUUUUUGAGGAAGCCGAAAAGCUAAAACCAGUGAAAGCAUUUGAAAAGAAAUCUGAAAUAGUGGCAGCAGUUGGCAGAGGCAGGCAACCAAUGCAGAUACAGGCAGAAUAGUCACGACAGUACUACCCGCCUCCCCAACAGCACGAGCAAUAGACCUUUCAGCAAAAACCGUACAAAACAAACGGAAGGCCACCUUUGACACUAGCCAAACGUAUGAACAAAGUGUACCCAUUCAAGAACGAGACACUGGGGAAAAUGUUCCGCAAUUUGAUGAAGAAGUCCAAAGUCAAAUUGCAAUUUUGGUGAUAUAUUUCUCUACAUUUUUCAUGAAAGUGAUUGUAUGCUGAUUAUUUUGCAGGUCUUUUAUCCACAUUUGUUUCCUACCUUGUACGGGGAAGAAUGUCUUUAUAGUGUAUGGAUUCAGUGAUUGAUCUGCAAAAUUUAAUUGCAAAAUCAUAAAUGAUUUUCAGGACUUCACCCAGUAGACUAUUCAAA